GCCCGGCAGGCCUAACCAAUCGAUUGAACUUCGAGACGGAGUUGAAGGUGCUAGACUAGCCUACAAGACUGGCACUGUUCCCUCCCUCGUGUGUCCUCGAGCCAAUUUUCUUUGUCGUACCGGGUCGACAUCCUCUCCCUCAUCAUCCUCUCCCUCAUCCCCACCCCUCACUUUCGCUCUCCGUCCACGCAACAGACGGGGCGAUUCCGUGAAACAGUCAAGAAGGCUUUUACUGUGUCGUUUGACUGCUGGCGAAGCUCGACCUGGACUAGCCGAACCGGUUGCUGUAGGCGGAAGAAAAGUUUGGUGGAAAGUGACUUAUUCACGGUCAACUUUCGCAUCUCAACGUUUGAAUCAAAACUUCUCCAACUACUCUCCCCACGUUCCUUCCACUCCUUCAUUCCUUAUUCACCUCCUUUUCGCUACAGCGUUAGGACAUCCUCGAGAACCUCUCAACAUCCAGACUCUUCAGACACAGGUCGACCUUAUAGUCAUUCCCGUGUUCGUAAAAGUCUUCUCUCGUCUCUCAGCCCCUCGUCGUUUCGCCUUGCGCACUAUACCCCCCUAUCCGUCAUUCGGACUCGCAUACGGCGGCUUUUGCUUCCUCAGAGACGUUAGCUCGUUUUCUUCUGAGGUAGAAGGCAUCCUUUGUGCUGAAGAAUCCCCAUUCUUUGUGUACGGUCCAUUGUCGGUUGUUCUCAUCCAUUUUGACAUUGAUUCACGGGAUAUUGAGCAAGGGGUCGUUUAUCACACGGGUCCUACUUGUGCAUUGUGAUAAAAGGAAUUUCCCUCUUGCCUUCUCUAAUUGUUUCCAAAGGGGUCCCCUUUAAUACUAUUUCUACCCACCGUGGUUUAGUCUUGGUUAGAAAGGACAGACUUCCUUCCCUCAAUCAUUCUGUCUCUCUCUAAUUCGCCAGUCUGCUAUUUCUUCUUCUUAAUUUUUUGUCGUUCUUUCGAAAUACUUCCGAUCACCUUCUUUUAUAGUUUUUUUUUUUUUUUUUUGCAAAAGACGUUUUCAGUCCUUGCAAUAGCCCUUCAUUACGGAAGAAUCGAACCCUCGACGUCCACUCACUACUUUAAUACUUAAAACUAUACCCCCCUCACCACAACCAUGGCCUACCAACCUUGUGAUUCUUAUUUCGUGGAAGAUAUGGAGCAGGAUGGCGUUUUUGCGGCUAGCAGGUCAAGACAGGAGAAGGCUCGCAUAGAUGCGGAUACACAGAUGGAGAUUGCUGAUGAGAUGUCGCGCAUGGUUUCCGAGGAGUAUCAAGAAGAUGUUCUCGACCAUAUGGAAGUUAUGGAGGCCGAGACUUUACCGGAUGUGGCUAGUAUCGAUAUCCAAACGGAAAUCCAGUGGUUCAUGCGUCCGUAUCUUCUCGAUUUUCUCAUUGAAGCCCAUACAGCUUUCUCACUUCUCCCGGAAACCCUGUUCCUUACUGUUAAUCUUCUCGACCGAUACUGUUCAAAGCGUGUCGUCUACAAGCGUCACUACCAAUUGGUUGGAUGCUCGGCCAUGCUUAUUGCUGCUAAAUAUGGAGAUAGGAAGGAUAGAGUGCCAACAAUACGGGAGUUGAAGUCUAUGUGUUGCGGCCUUUAUGAUCAGGACAUGUUUAUUCAGAUGGAGUGGCACGUGCUCCAAACUUUGAACUGGACUGUUGGACAUCCUACGGUCGACAACUUCUUGCAAAUGGUUCUUCAGGAGGUGAACUGCGACCUUGAGGUGGAAUGUAUGGCGAGGUAUCUUUCAGAGGUUGCACUCUUUCACAAGGAUUUUGUUAGCGUACGGCCAUCUGUUAUGGCAAGGUCUUCAUUGGCUCUUGCUCGUCACAUCCUUGGCCGCCCCAUCCCCCGUCAUUCGGAAUGGGCUGGGAAAUACGAUACGAAUGUUCUUGUCCUUUUGUCUCAGAACCUACAUCGCCCUUCGUCGAUUCUAUCACGAAAAUACGCCAGCCCGGAAUACGCGUGUGUUUCGACAAUCUUAGAAGAGUUUUUAGCUCGUCAGGCACAGAUUGCCAAACAGCGCAUGCCCCCUACACCGCCGUCAGAAGUGUAUGAAUCCUCGCGGACAGCUAUGGAUGAAGAUAUGAAGUCUCAGGAUGUACAUAUGACCCCUUCAAAGGGUCAGCAGCAGGUUACUAUGGGAUACAUUACACCACCAGUAACACCUAAUGCAGGAUACUUUGCUUCGGAUGGUGGUGUUCCUUCGUCACGGAUGCCCAUAACGCCAACACCUCAACACCAGCAGCAGUAUCUUUCAUGACUUCUUUAACGGGAGCUUCGCGUUCGUUUUAAUAACUUGUCGCCUGUUUUUAUCUGCCCCAUCAUCCGAUGCUUUUCUGUUUGCAACUAUUCUUCACCCACUAAGGGAAAGGCCAUCCCAUCGCAUUCGACCCCUAUUCAACCACAUCGAAAUUGCAAAUUCCAUCACUAAAAUCAAAAUGUUCAAAAGGGGAAGGCUAAAAACUGGAAAGUCGAAUUGGUUUAGUCGUUUGAUCUUGUCGGACUCUUUUGGUUAUUUUGCUUUGGUCCCAUUUCCCUUUAGUUUCCUUUGUUAUUUAGUUGCCUUUGAUUUGUCUGAUUAUUCGCAUUUGCAAUGUUGGCAUCUGCAUUCCAUUUUUCUUUAACUAUCAUUUGAGCGUCACUUUUCUCUCUUUUUUGUUUCGUUGCCAUUUUUUAUUUUUGAUAUUGUAUACCACAUAGUGUGUUUUUGCGGAUUCUCCUUCGCUCGGGGAGACUCCUGAAAUUUGCUGGAGAACCACUAAGACUGUCAGAAUUACGAGUGGGGGGGCGAAAAAAGGACUACCAUUGAACACAAGGGAGAGAGAAAUUGAAAACAAAGUCAUCGAUCUUAAUUGAUUCCUUUUUUUCCUUUUCCACUUCUUUCUCUUCACUCUUCGUUUCUAUAAUUCGAUGGGGGAUAAACUCUCUGAGGGUCCCCGCUAGAGGACCCUUUUUUCUUCAUUAUCUUUUAAUACCUUUUUUUUUUUUUAUGCUGUGCAGGAAAUCUGAUCUGUACUUAGUCACCGUCCCAUAUCCUCUAAGAGAUGGGCCGGUUCCUUUUUGCAAUGUUAAUUCCUUCUAAGCAUUGUCAAGUGGUUCUCGAUCUCGAGGAGGAUCUUUUCAUUCCACUUUUACUUAUACCAUUUCUCGCUUUUUUCAUUCUCCUCUUCACCAAAAAAUCUGGAGGCUGGUUUUUUUUUCUUUUCACUUUCCUAUAUACCCUUGAACUCUUUUUCCAUAACCUAUUCAUCCUCAUACCCCCUGUUUCUAAUCGAUUCGUGGCAUCAAUCUCUGCCAACCUAUUUAUCAUCACUUCGUCUCUUGUAUGUUGGUUUUCUGUUUUCUGUUUCUUCUUUUUUUUUUUUUUGGUUCUCGACGCUUGCCUUUGCUUUCGCUUUUACUCACUUUACUUACAUACACUCUUCUCUUACGUUUCAUUAACAAAUAAAAAAAAAGUUGGCACGGGAAGGGGGAGGCCCUGAAGGUCGGGGUGUAGGGAGGGGAGAGGAGGCGAGGAUUGGUGGAUCUUUUUUUUUUUUUUGACAUUAUCAUAACCGAAAUCAGGCUGGCUGGCUGGGCAGGAUAUUACUACCACUACUAUGGCAACUUUUUUGGAGCGUGAUGGGAAAUAUGUUCACGGAGAAUAUUUGUAUGGAUCUCUCUCUUUUUAUUUUUAUUUUUUGG